CUCCCAGCUCGCGCCGCCCCGCCUCCGUGACCGCUGCCGCCCCAGCUCGCCGCCUUACCCAAGAAGAAGAACAAGAGGAGGAGACCGAACCCCGUCCCCCGCAGCGCGCGGCAAUGAAGAGCUUUCCGGUGGCCGGCGGCCGCAGCGUCUCCCUCGCCCUCUUCUCCGAUGUCUCCAACAGCCGGGAGCUCCUGGAGCUGAUGCAGUCGGGGACGCUGGAGCCGGAGGCCGCCUUCAUCAACGCCUCGCUGGUGCCGGACGUGUUCCCGGUCCUCGCGGCGGCGCACAAGGCGCUGCUCUCCAAGUCGAGGGAGGCGCUCACCACCAGGACCCUGCACUCGGAGCUCGUCUACAACUACUCCGGCUCCAAGCAUAUCACGGAGUCCCUUAAGCGAUGCGGUAUCGCUGAUGACAUGCAGUAUGUCCUUGCAGCUCGGUUCGAUGCUUCGGAUGAGGAGAUGAAAGCAGUGGAAAAACUCAUAAGCGGAACUGAGAUUGAUCUAUCAGAACUGGAAACAAGAGCAGACCAGCCAAAGAUUCUGAAGCAAUACAAAAUAACACCCCAAGAACUAUCAAUUUCCACAGUACCAGAGGCAAUCGUGUGCAGGAUUGCUGCUCGAGACGCCCUCUGAGGUCUUAAUCGACAGCGGACAGAAGACUUUUUGCAGCAGCACAGUUGAAU